AGUAUUAUUUUAAAUCGCGAAAAGCCAUGAAGUUCUCCGUUUCCCUGUGCCUCCUGCUGGCCACCAGUGCAUUUGCUUUGAUGCCAAAGCAUCCUGCUGACCUGGCCAACAUGCUGACCCGCCAGCAGUUCGCCAUGCGCCACAUGAUGGCCGCUCCGGAGCCCCGGGACGAUGCCUCGGUCAACAAUUGCUUCAACAACUACCUGACGGAGCAGACCAAUGUGAUCAUGAACUACAACAAGGAGUACACCGGAUGCCUGAACACCGCCGAUGAGGAUCGCAACAAGCUCACCCAGGAGAGCGCUUCGGAGAGGGAGGAUCUCAUCGAGCGCACCAACAACAUGUGCACCAGCCUUACCGCAUGCGACACCCUGCGCGAUGGUCUAGACUUCUUCGAGUGCUACCGCGAUGCCUCCACCGACAGCUACAAGACCAUGUUCACACUGAACAGUGACUCCAAUCUGGACUUCAAUCGCAUCAAUGCCCAAUACAGCGUCAUCGAGACUGCUCUGACCACGUGCGUGGAUGAGGCUCGCGUGACCUAUGCCCACGAUAUGGAUUCCUGCGAUGAGAGCCUCACGGUUUGCCUGAACGGAGGCGAGGUUCCCACGGAUGCUCCUAAUACUGCUGUUCCCACCACAGAGCGUGCUCCCGAGGAGGAUCUGGACAGGUCUCUGCCUCUGGCCCAGAAGGGAAUCUGGAACCUGUUCAAGCGCUUUAUCUAAAUUCAAAAC